AUGCACACUAAAUUGACAGCGAUUGUCAACAUAGCCCUAUCCGCAGAGAAACAAUUGCAAAUUACGGCGGCUCCACUGCCCCAGACCCGAGAGAACCACGAAAUCGAAUUCUCCAAUGCCCUCGAGAUCAACCCCACGCUUCGAAAAACGACGGAAAGCGUUGAACUGUCGGACAAACUGCCCGAAAGCCAAGCGGGCCCCGCUGAAACUUCGAAAUCCGCCACGUCAUUCAAAUGCAACCCAUGCACGAGGGUCUUCAGAUCCAAGGCGUCGUUUGCGGCACACAUGCAGAAACAUGACUCUGAGAAGUCCUACGAGUGCAGGUUCUGCCUGGAACUCUUCCCCACGCAAGACCUCUGGGCAAAUCACGUCAGCAUUCACAAGGACAAGAAACGUUAUGAGUGCCGGCUCUGCUGCGAGACCUUCUCGAGCAAGCCCCAGUUGGUGAGGCAUGGGCGAACGCACUCAAAGGACAGGCCGUUCCCGUGCCUGGACUGUCCAAGCGUCUUCGGCGACCUGCUCAGCCUCCGGGUUCACCAGCGGUGCCACGCCGUCGCGAAGCCGUACAAGUGCCAGCACUGCGAGGCAGCGUUCACCGCGAGGCAGAACUUGGAUGCACACUUGCGGUUCCACCGCGCGGGAAUGGUUUACACGUGCGGGAAGUGCGGGCUCACGUUUUCCGACUGGACCAGUUUCGCAGUUCACGAGCGGUCCCAUGCGACUCAUGUGACGGAGACAUUUGCGUGCGAACGGUGUGGUCGCAAGUACUUCCAUAAGACGCGGCUCCUUCGGCACUUACAGAGCCACGAAGACAAGAAGCCAUCAUAGUUUGAAGCCUUACUCGGUGGAAAAACAGUUGACGGAUUGUUUGGGAAUGUAACCUUUGUUGUGUUUUCAUACACAUGCACCACAUGUUUCAAAUGUAAAAACACGGUUGCCAAACAUAUGCGCUGUCGGGUAUGAAUGAUACGAAAACGGCAGUGCACGUGGCCUUCGAUACAUGCUGGGCUGCACGUGUUUUCUUACUUCGUCAGGGUCCUUGUUGUUUUUGGUGCUUUUAUAUUUUUUAACUUGUGGACUAACUUGCCCAGACUUUGCUGCCUGGAGGCCCCUUGGAACUGGUGAAACGGUGCAGCUUCAUCGCUGCCUAGGGGCCUCCACAGUGGCGUAGGCAGAGGGGGGUGGUUUGGGGGGUCAAAGCCCCCCGAAAUCAUCACUUUAUUAUUUAUUUUUGGUUAGUAAAGGAAGACAAAUAUUGAACGACUAUCGCCGAGGGGCUUGGGGACGGCCGUGCCCGUACCCAUGAAUUUUACAGGACAUCGACUACUGGUCAUGGAAAACUCAACCUCCUUCUGAAAAUAACUCCUGGCUACGCCACUGGGCCU